UAAUGAAAUAUGGAUAAAAAAACGGGAACAUUGCUACAAUUUUUUAUCAAUGCGAUUUUUACAUUUUUUAUAAACUUUAUUAUUUAAACUGAAUAACUUUAUUAACAAGAAACUCACAACAAAAUGGGCGAAGGAAAAUGCACUUUCGGCACUCGAAUGCCCAUAGACAUCCACAUGCUCAACGAAAUCAUCUACAGAGAAGUGAAACACUUCCGCAACUACAAGAUAUACAGGCCUAACUUUGGUUCCAUGCCAGUGGCCGGUAAAUUCUACGCAGCUCACGAUCAACUCAAAGCAGAGUCCAAGGAACAAACUGAAAAAGUGGAGAACUACACCAAAAAUGUCUCCCAGACCAGGUCUAAGGGACCACAUAGCAAGUAUCCUUCGGCUGCUACAGAAAACCAAGAGUACGGCUGGUACUAUAAGCCUCUGAUCGCGAUGGAUCGCAAUGACAAACGCUUUUACCAUCCAAAGAAAGAGAGCAAGCAUACCAAGAUCGAAAUCAUAAUUUUAUCUUCCAAUCCUAAGAGUAGAGCUAAAUCGUAAUAACUUAGAAAUAACACACAAACCUCAUCUCAGAUUGGCUCACCUAUAAAUACUUAUGCCCGCGAUCUCGUCCGCGGUGUAUAUGUAAUUUCUGGGGAAAGUAGCUUACUAAUGGUCAAAGAAUUAUUCAAAUCGGAUAGUAGUUUCAGAGUUUAUUGAUUACAAACAAACAAACCUUUCCUCUUUAUAAUAUGUAUUAUAAAUAAAGAUAAAGAUGUGUCAUGUGACAAUGUUUCAUGUGUGUGCGAGAUGAAUUUCACCAACUUUGUUUGUUUGUCCCAAGCCCCAAACUAAAAACCAAUAAACCAAAAAGUUCUUGAUUCUAACCUUACCCUUUGUGCGUAUGUACCUACUUAGUGCCUACUCUACAUAUCUAAUUUGUCACCCUAAGGGUCUGCGCAGACCAGGGAUCGUGGAGAACAUAAGUCCCUCAUCUUUGACAACGAUGUUUCACUGUACUAUGUACUGUUAGUCCAUCUUGUGCGUUAUGCAGUUUAUUAGCUUCCCAUUUUUGUCCUCCGCCGACAAAAGUUGUUCAUCUGCACAGGCCGUUACUAAAAGCUUCAGUUUACACAACUGUAGUACGCGACAGAUUU